GCGAAAUGGAAAGGGAGAGCCGAGAAGAAGCAGACGAAAGGAGAGAAGCAGCUAUAGCCUCAGCGGCGUGUUUACGCCCCAAUUUCAAGCCCAAAUCUGGAAUUACUGAAGCGCAGCUCUCCAAAUUUCAGGAAUUGCGCAGGAGGCGUUUACAAAUCAAAGCCAAAUCUAAAAUACACAAGCAAGACAAAGGAGCUAAUGGGAAAGGGAAAACCCACAAGAAGCCGGUUGAAAUUCAGGAAAGCUCCGAUCAAGAAACAAGUACACCUACUAUGAAUGGCACUGCUGAUUUGAAACCAGAAAACAACAGACUGGUGAAUGUAUCGUCUGAAGUAGACAAUGUAGCAAGAGACACAGCUGUGAAAACCCGCCAGAAGUUGUUUUGGGGGCUUGACACGAAAGAGAGGUGGGAGAGGAAGUCCAACAUGUGAAAUUGCUACCACAAAUUUUUAUGUGAAUCAAUCUUUUACGUCCGGUAUCUGGUGGAGUUUUAAGGAGAGGGGGAUGCAGCAGAGAUUGUGUCGAUUGUACAAGGUUAUCUUCCUCAGCUCCAAAGACGAUUAUGUGAUUUACUUCUUUCGUGUUUGUGGUGUUUUAUCAACAGCUAGCCAGUCUCCAACUAAUGGUAAAGGGAGAUCAAGCUUUACAAAGUGAAUCGCAUAUGUUUGGUGAGAUGCAUACCUUUUGGCAUUGUCAGCAUUUUAAUGGUCCACAUUUUGGAUGCUUACAAUUGUCAAUCGAACAAUUUUACUCAUGUGAUGCCAUGUUCGUGUAUCCAUUUUCUGAUAUGAUAAAUCACAUUUGGCCUAUACAAGAUUUGGAUUCACCAUAAUCUUACCGUA